CGAUCUCUCGCGAGGCACGUCACAAAUUCCUGUGCGGCAAUCCCCGUGUGUGAUUCUUUCGCUUUCGUUUGUACAUCACUCAUAUCGACUGUAUUUUAUCUCGGAGAAAUUUGGUUCCUCGUAAAAAAGCAUCCCUUCUGCUCGACACGAUGCAUUAAUUCACGGUUACAUUACGCACGAAACGACAGACGAGGAAACGAAUCUAAAUAUGCAAAUACCAGUGGAUUAAUCAAAAUACUGAAAACAAGUGUCAGUCACAUUCAAGCGUAUAUCUAAAUUCUUACUAUACACCGAACUUUUCACUGAGAGAAAUUUCAUUUUCGCAAAGUUACUGGAAAGUUUUAGCAAAACAGAUAUCGUCACAAUAUUGUUGCUACUACGUGAAAAUUUGGUACAACUAGUAACCGUCUUAGCGUGAUUAGAGUUCUUAGUACUACAUUUUCUGCUAAUUACAGUUUAAUAAUUUAUUCAGCUUACUAAAUUUUUUUCCAGACGUUAAAGCCUUAAGAGCACUUCGUUGUUCAAUAAGCUUCAAAUUGUCGCAACAGUCAUAAAAGAAACAUAGUACCUAAUACCUAUAACUUAUGGUGAUUACAUAAAAAAAUAAUACGGAACGAUAUUUUUCGGUUAUGACCAAGAAUCAGAAUAGUUAGAAGAAACUUUACAAGAACGGUGACCGCAGCUAAAAAAUUUAUCUCGGUGUAAAACAGAAAAACUCGACGACGACGAUCUAAAUGAAUCGAUGUGAAAAGUUGAACGGUUUGUAAAACUUCCGGCGGACGCUGCACGAAAUAAACACAAAGUAAUUAACCUGGAACGGAAAUGAAUACGCGGGGCAAAAGUUGGCUCAAACUAUCCGAAAGUUCGGGAUCUGAAUCAAGUUGGGGUAGUUUAUUCGAGUCCGAUUUUAGGGAGGAAUACUUGGGGCGAGAUUGAACGACGACCAAGACGAAGGCCAAUCGACUUGUGGUUCGUGCAGAUUUUACGCUGCUGCCGCGAGACUUGAAAAUGUUCCUAAUGACAGACGCUCAUGGUGCAGAGCCCUGCUUGAUCUACACCUUUAUUUACGGAUGCGGAUUCAAUAGAUAAUGACGGAAUCGCCAACUCCUUCCAGCGUUCGUACCGCCGUCGAGGACAAAACCGACCGAACAAUCGCUCUGCAAAUUCAAGACAUAAACAGCCAGGUCGCCCAGUUCCGGGACUUGUUAAUUAACAUUGGUCAACCACGCGACAGUCCCGAACUUCGCGAAAAGAUCCGGAAGCUUCGUCGAAGUUGCGUCGAAGCUUGUAAAAAUACUUCGCAACUGGUCUUACCACAGAUCCGCACCGCUAUGGAUCAGGGAAUACCAGCCGACAGUCCUAACCUGGUUUUACUCUUUUUCGUGACACAACUCUUCCUCCGGGAAUUGUACAAGAGUAAAAACCUGCUGCGAAUUGUCCCCAUGGACAUGACAGGAUACUACGAAAGCAAAGCAGGGCCGUCAAAUAUUGGUAACGUAAUAUCCCAGAUCCUUUUGUGCAAACCAAUAACCCCAAACUUUAACGAGGAGGAACUGUGCAGUAUACAAAAAGACUCUGAAGAAAUCAACGCCCUCAUUAAAGAGCUGCAAGAAUUCAUGCCUCAGUCGGAAGCUGACACAGGGAACAUUCCUGUGUUAGCGUCAAAAAACCUGAGUGAAUUCCUUUAUGAGGCCGGAUUUAGUUUCACUUUCUCUACUUUUAAAAUAGCAAGCGAGCUUGGAAUCCCAGCUUCCGUCUGCCGAUCAAUUAGCCAGCUCUUUAAUUGUUAUCUCGAGUUCAGAGAAAAAAAAACACGUCGCUCUACAGGAUUCUGCGACGCGAAGUAACGGUGCUAAUCGAACAAGUUAUCGUUGGGACACGAAAUCUGGACCCCCUUCCUACUUCCAAGGAAGUUUUAGUUUCCUAUGCUGCACAGGACGGCCAGCUAACAUUUAGCGAUAAUUAAUCAUUAUACAUAUAUACAAUAUUAU